AUGGCUAAAACAAGCACUGGAAAAACGUUAGCAUUUGUUUUACAAAUGUUUCAUCAAAUAAAAUAUCAACAAUCAUUAGAAGAUGAUGAUGAUGACCCAAUAGCUAUUACACAACUGCAUUGUGAUGAAUUAAUGAAACAUUUAAUGAGCAAUUCUUAUUCAUGUAUGUCACUAAACAGUGAUAUUAAUAUAUAUGAUCCUGAUUCAAUAAUACUUGAUUUUAAAAGUGGUGAGAGUGAGGUUCUCGAUGUUGGUUUUGUAAUUUUUACCAACAUAUUGUCCAGUCCCGACUGUGUAAAAAAUAAGACGGAAGGAUUGCACGUUUGA